AUGGAGAUGUUGGGACCAGCUGUAAAGAUGGAAGCGAAGUUCUGUGAGGCAGAAGGAGCUCUGUCAGAGGAAAGUCAGAGGGUGCAGGCCCAGAAGCGUGCCCAAGAUGCCGUGUCAAGUGGCGGUGAAGAGGUGUUGUCGAGCUGUCGUCUUCACAGUGGAGCGCAAAGAUCUGCUCCUCCUCUGGUCCAGGUGGCCGUGUACUUCACCGAGGCUGAGUGGGCCCUGCUGGAUCUGAGCCAAAGAACACUCUAUAGGGAGGUCAUGCUGGAGAAUUAUGGGCAUGUGGCCUCCCUGGCAGCAGAUGUAGAGGAGACAGCUGGGGAGUUUCAAGGAUUCUCUUUGGAAGAUGUUAAGAAUGAAGAUGCUGCAGGAAACUUCAGAGAUGGAGACGAACCACAGAGGCAGGAGGAAAGCCACGCAAGUAAGAGGAAAGAUAAGCCCAUUCCUUGCCAAGGAGGGGAUCUCCUUGAAAUCCCAGUCCAAGAAGAAAGUCAGAGAAUGAACAUCAUUUCACAGACACCAAUUUCCUUAGAGGAGAAACCGUAUAAUUGUUUGGAGUGCGGAAAGAGCUUCUCAGAUCAAACCCAAUACAACAUCCAUUUACAAAUGCACAGUGGAAAGAAGUCCUAUCAAUGCCUGGAGUGUGGAAAGACCAUGAAUCGCAGAGCAGACUUCCAUAGACAUGAAGGAACACAUGCAGGAGAGAAAACUUAUAGGUGUUCAGACUGUGGCAAGAGCUUCUCAGAGAAAUCAGACCUUGUUCAGCACCAAAGGAUUCACCCUGGAGAAAAGCCACAUAAAUGCUUUCAGUGUGAAAAGUACUUCAGAUACAGAUCACAGCUCAAUUUUCACCAAAAGGUCCACAGAGGGGAGAAGCCCUUUGAAUGCUCAGAGUGUGGGAAGAGAUUCAGUCGUAGUGGACAUGUUCUGCAGCAUCAACGAACCCACACAGGGGAGAAGCCCUUUGAAUGCUCAGAGUGUGGGAAGAGAUUCAGUCGUAGUGGACAUGUUCUGCAGCAUCAACGAACCCACACAGGGGAGAAGCCCUUUGAAUGCUCAGAGUGUGGGAAGAGAUUCAGUCGUAGUGGACAUGUUCUGCAGCAUCAACGAACCCACACAGGGGAGAAGCCUUUUGAAUGCUCAGAGUGUGAGAAGAGAUUCAGUGACAGUAGCACUCUUCGACAGCAUCUAAGAACCCACACAAGGGAGAAGCCCUUUGAAUGCUCAGAGUGUAAGAAGAGGUUCAGUCACAAUAGCACUCUUCAACAGCAUCAACGAACCCACACAGGGGAGAAGCGCUUUGAAUGUUCAGAGUGUGGGAAGAGAUACAGUCGGAGUAGCACUCUUCAACAGCAUCAACGAAUCCACACAGGGGAGAAGCCCUUUGAAUGCUCAGAGUGUAAGAAGAGGUUCAGUCACAAUAGCACUCUUCAACAGCAUCAACGAACCCACACAGGGGAGAAGCCCUUUGAAUGCUCAGAGUGUGGGAAGAGAUACAGUCGGAGUAGCACUCUUCAACAACAUCUAAAAACACACAUAAGGAGAAAUCAUGUGACUGCUUAG